CCAGAGAUGAGCGGAACUACCAACCUACCUAAAAGUGCCUAGAGACACAUUACAUAUCCUUGUUAGGUGUCUGUAUUCUUUAUGAAUGCCAAUUACAGUUUACAGGCACAGCUAUAUUCCGGAACUUUUGAAGAAAUUGGCGGAAAGUUCAAUUGUUUCUUUUUGUUUUGCCGCUCUAGCCUCUAUGUAUAAGUUGACAUUAUUAUAUGCCAACACUUCAGGCAGACAAAUGAAACAUAGCAGCCAAGUUGUCAAUUCGUGGGUUGACCCGCAGGUCGACCCACUUUGACCCUGACCUGGUGAGAAAAACGAGUCGCAUAUACCCGCCGGGUCGACCGCUAUAAGGUACUGGGUUGAAGGUCAAAUUGUGUCAUUUAUUUCUUUGGUUUGCGAAAUGUGCAUAUUUUCCGAUUUUUCUUUUCGCCUAACUCAAUCUUUGGAAUCCUAAGUUGAAUAUUUGAAUAUUGAUGUAUAUAAGUGUGUGUGAAUUUUCACUUUAUGCUAGAUCUAAGUACGAUAUGUUAUUUUGGUGUAAUAUUAUAUGUUAUAACUCAUAUGUUAGAUUAAAUUUGAUAUAAUUUAUAAGAAAAAGUACAAUAUAAUGACUCUUUCUAUAUUUCCGGGCCAAACCGGGCUAAAACGAUUGACCCAUUAACCCUUGAUCUACUAGCUCAACCGAGUCCGGGUCAACCCGCGGGUUGACAACCUUGUUAGCAGCCAAUGCCAAUGCCACCAAAAAGCUGGGAAACUGGAAUGUCUUCGAAAUAAUCGUUUGGCACGCGAGAACCGAUGCAAAUUGUACACAAAAUGAGGUGGCAGGGAACAGUGCCGCCUCAUCCACAAGACGAAGAAGAAGAAGAAUAAGGCGAAUUUUUGUUAGUCUUACAUCCAAAACAAAUUCCUGCGGUCCAAAACGAAUUAACUUGUGAUUAGUCGAAGUUUUGCGUUGUUUGCAUAAUUAUCAUCAAAAGUGAUUACUGAUGAUGGGUACAUUUGAUCGGUUUCGUGCGAAAGAAACUAUAGAGCAUAUUGAUGAUGUUCUUUCUUAGGGGCUGGCCUCUUCACUCUUCAGUUCAGCAUUUCUCGUGCGCUCAUAUACCUGGCCAAAAAAUCCUGACAUUUGGAUAUUGCCCGAACCCAUUUUAGUUUGGGUCAAAAUUAUAUUUGAGUGAUUUUAUUUAUGAGAGAUCUGUAUUCAAUAUUUUAGUUUGAAUAUCUAAACUGGAUAUUGUAUUAAGUACCAAAAAAAAAUGGAUACCCGAUUAUUAUGCAACUUUUGCUUUAUAUUUUGUAAUGAAAUAAAUAGAAAGGUGGAAAUGCAACGCUAAAGAUGUAAUUGGCGCUAAAAUAAGGUUUUUUUUUUGUGUAUACAAGUAAACAAUUAAUAAUAAAUUGAUUAGUUGACCAAUUUUUAAAAAAAUCGUUCAAGAUUAACUUCAUAUAUGAUAAAUGUCACUUUUUUACGUAGCUUGUUGUUGCAAGAGAUAUCGAUACUAAUUUCAUAAGGGAAAGCUGGAGGAUGGCAGCAACGUGGAAGCUUGAACGAGAAUGGAGACACCGGCGGCAAUGGAAGGGUGGAGCGGAGGGUAGAGAGAUGUGAGGCAGGGGUUGGGAUUUUUUCCCCUCUCGACACUCAACGUAACAAACAGAAAAAAGAGGGGAAGAAUUGCAAAUUAAAAGGGGUAAGAGGAUGAACGAGUUUUAGAAUUAGCGGAUAUGGAUUUUUCAUUUUUGUCCAAUCAAAAAAAGGGAAAGUGAUGGAAAAAAUGUGUAUGCAAAUUACCGAAUGAGUAAUAAUCAGAAGUACACUGUCGUUCCACAGGUAUCAUUACAACUCUACAUUUGAGGAUUAAAAUUAAGAAACUGAAGAAUAAAAAAAAAGUGGUUUAUGUAAAUUAAAUAUAAAUCAAUAACUAAACUAGAAAGCAAGUUGAAAAUGACUUCAAGAAAAGUUUAUGGGAAUUGAGAAGAAGCUCUGGGAUAGGCAACCUGAACUCACAAACUAAUUACUUAACUCAACUCAUUUAGUAAUCAAUUUUAUUCUCAUUCAAACGACCAAGGUCAUCUCGAAGAUGAUAAUUAUCUAUUUGAAUACUCACUUAAUAAUUAGCAAAUUAAUUGUUUACUCUCAUACAAUAGCCAACUAAUAAACUACCUAACAUAUCUCUUAUAUUCACAUAUUUUUAAUAAAUUAAUGAAUACUAAUUUCUUGUAAUGUAAUGAAGUGUUUCGAUUACAAUUACCCGAGGUGUGUCAAAGGUCCCGAUGUCAAUUCUUUACACCGAUGAAACCUGAGUCUCACAAAAAUGUCGGGCCGAGGUGUUUUUGUUGACACACCUAGGUCAUCUUCACUUCAAGUAAAAGUGAUUUGGAGUUAAUAAUAUAAUUUAACAGAUUAAAUAUAUUGUAUUGCCAUUGAUUCGUGAUGGAUCGUAUCAGCAGUGCGGUCCAUCAAAAUUGUCAAUUAGACUUCAAAUAACUUUUACUUGGUGUUAAACCAUUUAAGUCAUAAUAGAUAGACCCUUACAACUUACAAGUUACAAUAAUCUUAGGAAUUGAUCAUAACUUUCACAAUUUAAAAUGAAAAGAUAAAUAAAUAUUCAUCAUAUCCUUUGGUAAUAUAAAUCAAAAGAGAAUUCUGUAAUUAUUCAUUUAUCCGUUUCAGCAUUUGGGUCGCAUAUGAGCAGUAUGUUACCCCAGAAAACAAAAUAUAAGCAAAGGAAUAACGGCACUGUUCAAAAGUGAGCCACACGCGCCAUAUAUGUCUCCUAGCAAACCAGCAAAAUAAAGGAAAAUUAAACAUAAAAAAAGGGAAAAUUAGAAGUAAAAAAAAAGCCCAAAGAUAGGCCCACCUACCAGCCGUCCAAGCACGGCAACUUGCAUCUCUGUCCUUUGAACAUUUUUCUGACCCCCAACAAAAAUAAUUCCGCUUAUAAAUAUCCCGUCGGCGUCUCUUUUCGAUUCAGAGGAAAAAAAUCACACGGCAGCCGAAUCCCUCCGCCGAUCAAAUCUCUCUCUCUCUCUCUCUCUCUUUAUCUCUCUUUCUCACUCCAGAUCUCUGGCUCGGCCGAUUAAAUAUGCUAUUCAACUUGAAAUCCUGGUCAAAGACCGUCUACGACGAAGAAUUCGACGAGCAAGAAGCGGCGAAUCAGGUGGUUAUUCGUCCACCGCAGGACAAAUUAGCGGUAGAUCAGGAGGCCGCGGAGGAGCCUUCGCCGGCCCCUCCGUCGCCACCAGAGAGCGCGAGCAGCUCUUCUACCGACGACGGCGGCGGAGGCGGAUGGUCGACGUCGCUGACGGUGUGGAGAAAAUCACUUGUAAUGAACUGCCAUGGUUUCACGGUGAUAAAUUCCGACGGCAAUCUCGUCUACCGCGUGGAUAAUUACUGCGGCCGCCCCGACGAACUCACCCUCAUGGACGCCGCCGGCAAGUCUGUCCUCACAAUGCUUCACCACACUAAGAAGUUUGGGCUGGUGGACAGCUGGCUAGUAUACGAGGGGGACGCGGAGGCGGCGGUGGUGGCGGGGCAGAACCCGGCGGCGGAGGCGGUGAGAUUCGUGCCGAAGAAGCCGAUGUGGUGCGUGAAGAAGCAGAAGGGCCUCCUGCUGUCGGCGGGCAGCAGCAGCAGCAGUAGUAAAGGUAAUGCGGUGGCCGCUUACGUGUACAAAGGGAGCUCGGGGAAGAGGAAUUGGUCGUACGCGAUCGAAGGGUCGUACGGUCAGAGAUCGUGCAAGGUGGUGGAGUACGAGUCGAGGAAGGAAGUGGCGGAGAUACGGCGGAAGGAGGCGGCGGUCGGAGGGGUUUCGCUGGGGGCGGAGGUGUUUGUUCUGUCCGUACGGUCAGGGUUCGACUCCGGCUUCGCCAUGGCUCUGGUUUUGCUUCUCGAUCAGAUGUUCUCGUGAUGAUUUUUUUUCUUUUUGGUGUUCUUAUAAUUAUUAGAUUUUUUCUUGUGUACAGUAGGCCUGCGGUAAUGUGUUGAAUUAUUAACUAAUCUGUUGAUUAAGUGUGUAAUAAUGGUGAUUAGCUUAAGCUAGCCGUGGGGAAAAUGUGGAAUGAGAGAGAGGUCACGGGCCAUAUAUCCUUGUGAUGAAAAGCUAGUGGGGGCGGGCAAUUUUGUUCGAUCGAAUCUGAUUGAUACGGCAGUUUAGUUUAUUUGUAAUAUAAAUACAAGAUUUUGGAUUUACUUGAUCAUGAAUCACAGGGAGAUCGAUCCAAUCCAGUGGUUGUUUUUCUUCUGCUCUCUUCUUUGUUCGAAUAAAUGAAAAAACAUUUAUUAAUAUUACGUAGGUUGUGAAUUGUGAUGGUAAGAAAGCUUUGGAAUGUCCAAAGAAACUCUUUGAAUGGUAAAAAAGUCAAAUAACCAGCUGGUAAUUGUAGUUGCAACAAGGCACCGACGACUUAGUUGUAAUAAAUUGAAAUCAACGGACUUGACAUUAAUAUGAAGAAACAUUUUUUUGUUAUACUUUGGAUUGUCAAUUUUUUUUGUUUCUCAUCGGUCUACUUUAGUUUUUAUUCUCGAGAAUGAAAUUUGAAUGGUAUAUCAAACUUUUCGACGUAAGAGAAUAGUAUUGAAUUUAUUCUUUACCGUUCCCAAGUCCCAACUAACCCGUGGAAUUUUACACGGUAUUGGAGCAUACGGUCGAAAUCAUAUCUUUCUACUCAUCAUAAUUCUUGUACAUCCUACACUUAGUUAAUUACUUUUUAGUUCUUACCAAUGUCUCCUGUUGAAAAACAAUUUUGGGUAUUAUUUGAUGAAGCAAAAUUUUGUGUGGCUAAUAGGUGAAUGACAGGUUUUACCUUGUUCGAAUUUUCAGCGAUAUGUCCCGACACACCUACAUAUACCCAAUGACGUUUUUGGAUUAAUUUAUCGUAUAUGAAGAAUUCAACAAAUUGUCGUUUUACUGCUGACAGAAAACAAGAGGCGUGCUGUCAUGGGAAUUUCUAGUUUGACGUUAUAUGGUAUAUAUAUAAUAUAGAUAAAGGAACUCAUUAAUUAAUUAUCGUUAACUUAAUCUAAUUAAAUGUUAAUCAGGCUGGAAAGGAUUGGACGUACGUUUGACUCAGCAAGCAACUUCUUGUGCAUUAUCGCCCAAUCCACUGAGUUGUGAGUUCUCUCCUUGUCCAGCUAUUUUCAAUCUUGUCAGUGGAUCGCACCGAAGUUUCCGCUUCCUUUUUUUCACAAGCAUUUAAUCCUUGAUUUCCUUUCACUAAACUUCAUUUAUUUAGGGUAGGGAUAGCAGUAGGUCGGCUUCAAUCGAUUAGUUUCUCCAAAUUUAAUGGGUGUGUCGUCAGACAAAUUUGGUAAAAUACUAGGAAUAAGUUUAGGAAGAUGAAACUCAAUCCAACUUUACGAAUACCGUAGAUAAAUGUGUACACAUAUAAGUUGACGAAUAAUUCUUCUAAACAUGCACUUUCGCGAACUAACACUUUCGUUUUAAGUAGGUAGGUUUCUUCUAAAGCUGUCGUCCACUCCACCAGUGGCCGCGCUUUUGCAGUUCCGGUUCUUCCUUUUCUUUUCACUCCCUUAGCUUUGUGAUUUUCGCAUGCAGCUCCUCCUUUAAACUUUAAAGCAAAAAUCAACGCAUCCAACAAAUAAGAAACUCAAAGCAAAAAUAACGAAGGGGGAGCCCAAAGAAGCAGUGUCUACUAGUGAAUGUUCUUUUGCCCUUUCAUUUUGGCACUUCUAUUUCGGCUCGUGGCAAUUGAAGGAUAAUAACGUGUCUUUCCAGCGUGAGAUAUAGAUGCAAGUUACUACCCUAGGAAUUAGGAAACAUCCUUUUGUUUCCUUCCGAUUGUUUUAGGCGAGACCUGUUCCAGCCGACUCUACAAGAUGUUUCGUUUUCUAAUCAUCUAAUGGUUGUUAAUUAAGGGUGUCCGUCCCUAAUUAUGAAUGGACCUCGCCUUCUGAUUGCCAGGACACACUCGAGAAUGGUUAAAUAAGGCGAGGGAAUUCUAUGUCAAGAGUUACUUUGUAUAAGAUUGUCGAGGUAUGAAUAUAAGAUCUCUCAACCGUUGAGGUCUGAAUAUAAGAAUUACUUGAUAUCAUGUCAAGGAUCAAUUGUUUUGCUUGCAAUAACUGGAGUUGUUUGGUAAAAGAAAAAAGAAAAAGAAUAAUACCCGGAAACUUGAGCCCCUUGUUUAGUAAUGAACAAUGAAGAAUUUAUGACUGAGCUCUUGUAAUAAUGUAUUAAUAUCGCUCUAUAUACUUAAAAGUUAAUACUCGUAAUUUUACCGAACGCAAACAACGUAACCAAUCAAUUAAUUAAUCUUGUGCAAAUCAGAGAAUGUUAUUAAACAAGAGAGAAAGAAACAGAAGAUAUAACAAAAAACAAGCAAUACACUCUAAGCGUAUGUUCCGAAAACAACGAUGGAUCCCAAGCCAUGAAUCAUCCCAAGACUCACAAUGCACAGCGACGACACUCUGCUGACAAAGUCAACCAAACACUCAAAAAAACAACCAUAAAAUUGCCCAUCAAAACACAACAAUAGGCAUAGCACAACAACAAUAUUAACAAAAAGAAGAAGGAAAAAAACACCAUAAAUAUAAUAUAAUAUAAAAAAAAACAUGUAGAAAAUGUUGAAUAUUCAACUACGGCAAAGAAUUCUUCUGUCGAGUUAAUUGGCAUGGUUGCGCUUGGUUUCAUUCUUAAUCGGAACGCAUGUACGUACUCUAUAUAUGAUGUGGGCAUUUGUCUUCGGGAUAAUGUAAGAUAACAUAGAUUUGCAUAUAUUAAUUGGAUCAAGGAUUGUUGUUUUCGGUGUACUUUAGCGGUUGUACGUAGUUUUUAUCCUUGGACAAAAGAACAGGAGAAUUGAUAAGAUUAUUAAAACCUUAAUUAUUAGAUAUAUGUUCGUAAAUGUUCCACUAAUCUAAUCCCUAGUUUUAACUCUAGGGUUCAAGAACCAGAGCAAGUACAACUGAGAUAUGGUUAAUUAACUCGAGGAGAAUUACUGUACAAAUAAAUAAACGCGUGUGUAUUAUUGAACCAACUUACUUGCUUCGCUUUAGGGUACACCCUUUUUCUGAUGUGUGGAAGAAACAGUCUCAAAAUCCUUACUUUAUCAUUUGAUUACCCUCCAAAUUCUCCCGCCAUGCAAUUGUAUAACAAUUAACAAAAAAUAAUAAGAUUUAUGAAAGAUCAUCUACAAUUUACAUGUAUAAUUUUAUUUCUGAAAUUACAAACCUAUUAUGGUUAUAAGAAUAAAAUUAUGAAAGAUCAUCUACAAUUUACAUGUAAUGCUAUAUUGUGUCAUCACAUUAACCAAAGGUCGAUGAUUAAAAUUUAAAAGUUGACAAUUAUAUUUUAAUUUUUGUGGUUGGUGCAUUCUAUACACUCGUAAAACACGAAUGUACUUCAGACACGCCUUUUAGUUCAAAUUAUUUAUGAUAAGGGAGGCCUUUAUGAAAGAGGAUUUUUUCCACACAAAAAAAAAUACAAGACUUUCUAAAAUUAUUCUCACAAUAUCACAUUUACACUAAAAUUUCUCAAUAAGCUCGUUCGGUUGACAAUGUAAUGAACACCGUAAACUUGUUUAUUUUGUGAAAUUUUAGUAUAAGUGUGGUAUUAUGUGAAUUUUUUUUAGUAAAUCUUAUAUUUUGGGGGAAAAUGCUAUGAAACAUCUGAGCAAAAGAUAGAAAAAUGUGUGGGCCUUAACAUAUUAUAUUCCGAGUCAAAUCAUUUAGGUGAAAUUGACCACUUUUGACCACUUGAUGGCUGGCUGGCUGGAGGUGAAAUUUCGCUGAGAGAGGAAAGCUGUAAUUUCGCGAGGCGAGCGCCAGCCCAUGCACACUGCUAUUUUGUUUUUUACCCACCUCAUCGGCAGGCAGGGCGUUGACCAGUAAAACUGCUCCUAUAGCAAAUCUUUGAACGUUGAUAAAUAUAAUUCCUAACAAUUAAUAAGUUGCGAUAUUAUGAACGAGUUUUUUUUAAUUAUUGUGGGUGAAAAAGUUAAACCAAUGUGCUGUAUAGUUGUUCCCUAUAGUAGUAGUUUUUCCCUUGGUUAGGACGGUGCUAACUAUUGUAUAAUUAGCACCGUAGCCGUUCCCGUUACCCAUAAUAUGCUUCGUUUCAUCAUCCAUGACUACUGGCUGAAUCUCUUAAUAAGCUUGGAAAAGUUAAUUAGGUUAUUAAAUCUGGAACUUUUGUUCGUAUUAUGUUUAGUUCAUAAACUUUAAUUAGUUAAUAUAAUGUAUUUUAGUAUCUAAAUAAUCUAUAACUUUUCAGAUUAUAAGUGUGAAAUAUUUGGUCAGAUCGGGGAAUCGAUAAUGAAAGAAAGUAAAGAACACACGAAUCUAUGUGUUUCACUAACACAAUGUGUGUUAGUACACAGGCAGGCAAAAGUCAGUUUCGCUAUACUUGAGGAUAUACAAAUUGUAGAGAGAUUGAGAAAUAUGUGUAAUACUUCUCCAUACCCGGCCUAACCUAAGAACACUUCUACUAUGCUUGAAAGUAUAAUUUGAAGUUGUACCAUAACGUUAAAUGUACAAAUUGAAGUAACAUGAAGGUACAACUUAAGUUUGUACUAGGGAUGACAACUUUGCCCAUACCCAUGGGUUUCUUACUAUCCAACCCAAUUGGGUUGGGUAUGAAAUCCAAAUAGAUGGAUAUGGGUAGAGUUUGAUGGGUUUGUACCCAUACCCAUUUACUUUGGGUUGAGUUGGGUUUAUAUCAAAUGGAUUUGGGUUUGUACCCAUGCCCAAAUACAAAUUACAGUUUGGUACCCAAACUUAAUAGACAUGCAUAUUUAGUACCUAAAUUUAAUUUUUUUUGCAUAUAAGUCCUCAAAAUAUCGAUGGAAAAUUACGUUUUGGUACCUAUAUUUUUUAGUCUUACAUUUUGGUACCUAAACUUUUCAAGUUUUGCAAAUAGGUCCAAUUUUUGCAUGUGUAGUUAAAACACCCUCAAGUAAAUGGAUAUCCAUAUCCAACCCAUACCCAUUUAGAUUAUGGAAGCCCCAAACCCAAACCCAUCUAUGAACCCCCAAAUCCAUAUGCACUUCACCCAUAUCCAACCCAUUAUCAAUGGGGUCUACUUGGGUUUGGGCAUAAUUACCCAUGGGUGGGUAAUUUGCCAUCUCUAGUUUGUACCAUAAAGGGAUUUUACAAAACAGUAUAUGUACAAACAAUUUGAAGUUAUACCAUAACGUUAAAGGUACAACUUCAAGUUGUACCAUAAAGGGCUUUAAAGCAUUGUAAAAUUCCUCACUGACAUUAAUCAAAUAUGGUUAAGAAUAAGGUAAUAGACCCCGUGACUUCCCGUCGACUACAGAUAAUCCGAUUCAAGUAAGAUAAUCCGAUUCAAGUCAUACUCAACGUCACAUACUCAAUAAGCCAACUCAUAAGCUAUAAAUCGAUUUGCUAUUAAUUCGUUAGUCAAGCGGCUAGACUACCGUACCGUCGAGCUAGCUAAUGAGUUCAAAAUAAAUCAACUCAACUAGCCACCAAAUUGAACUACCUUAUAAGCCUCACAAGUUAAAUAAAGACCGACUCGUUUAAUUUUGAAUCGAACAUCAAAUUACUAAGCGGCUUGACUCAUUUGCCGCCAUAUGCCCAUAUGUGAUAUAUGUAGUAUAUUUGGCGGCCAGUUAGAUUAGACUAGAUGGCUAGAUGCCGAUGCUACUUGGGAAAAGUUGGACCAGCAGUCUUAUUUUAUAUGGUCUAUUAUGCACUUCAUAAAUAGUUUGGUGGGCAAUUAAAUGAAGAGUCGGCAAGAUAAAAUAGAACACGGAAAAUAAGUUGGGUUAGUAGAAAUUAGUGAGAGAACCAAACCAACUAAAUAAUUAAUUAAUAGUUUAUUUCCAUGGCCAUGCAUGAGAGUGACUCCUAAUUAAUAGCUAGUGCCUCGGUUUCUACCUUUUUUCCUUCCGACUUAGAACAAAAUUUUUUUAACUAAGAAAUUUGGGAUUUACCUGUUUGAUGAGGGUCAAACACUAUAACAGGCCUCGGUGAGGGUCGACCACAGGAUCUGGCACUUCUCGAAAUGAGCGUCCACCGAGAAUUUCACUACUAAAUUAAAUAAGGAGUAAAUUACAAAAUUUAAAUUUAAAUUUGCAGAACCCACAAAAUCUCGUAUGUUAUUAUUACCGGUAAAAUUCUUAUCAAGGACAAUAAAAUAUGAAAUUUUGU